CCCCCCAACCCAAGCCACACGCGCACGCGCUCCAAAGAUUACAUUUUUAUUUCUCCUGGAAGUCUGCAGUCACUCCCAUCGUGUCAGGGGAGUGCGGUCAACACCGGGAUCGAGCUGCCAUGGCAUCCCGCAUCUCCUUCACCCAGCAGCGGCUGGAAGCGGAGUUGGAUCGGUACCGGGCCGAAUGUCAGUGGGACCGAAUUCCUCCAGUCGUCGAACACAUGCAGGCUGCACGUAUGCACGAAGAUGAUGAUUAUGGAACGCUGCUGUUGGCAGAAGCACUGCUGGAAGAGUCCCUGCAGGAAAAUACCGACCUGUUGAGGAGCUCCAUACCUUUGAUGGACAAAAUGCAACCCAGAUUAUGCCGGGCCAAAAGCUACCUCAACAUCCUCCUGAGCCGAGGCCGUCUCACUCCCCGGUAUUUGAAUGAGGCUUUAUUGCUGAUGGCCAAAGUGCACUAUGUGCAAGGUUCCCAUCGCGAUGCCCGGGGAAUGUGUGCAAGGGUGGGACUGGAGGAGCUGACACAAGAUGAUCAACCCAUCUACCAUCUCCGCCUGCUGGCUGAGGCCUUUGUCAUUAAAGGUCUGUCUCUGGACCACCAGGCUCUUUCUUCAGUGUCUCGUAUCCGUCUGUUAGAGAGGGAGGAAGAGAGUCUUUCCUGUUACCUCAAGGCCUGUGAUGCGGCUCUGUCGUACCUUCAGGAGCUUGAUAAGACAGUUACAACGCCCCACCCUAAGACAGCCAAAGUCACUCUGUGUUCUCCAACCGUGGACUUGGACCUGAGUUUUUUCCUCCAGGCAGCCCUACAAAGUGCGUACCUUUGUUUGCUGCAGAGAGGUCAUUUAGCACAAGGUGCUCACCAACUACGUCGUGUGAUCAGGGUGGUCGAGUCACGGGGGUCUCAAAGUUUCAGGAAGACUGCAGCAAGGAAGCUGGCAGAGGUGCUGCUGAGCUCAGUGAGUGAAGACAGUUACUGGCCCCCCCUAGGCCCCCCACCCUCGGCCUGGCUCCGGAGAGAGGGAGCAGCCACAUCCAAAGAUGCACUCUACCCCACCAUCAAACCACCGCAACGUUACUCCACUGACAGUUGCUUCUGCCCCCAGGACGUGGUUGAAGAGGCUGUCCUGCUGCUUCUCAUUACAGAGUCCAUGGCCAGUGGUGACGCGGUCAUCAGCCGCCUGCCAGAUCAAGUCGAGGCUCGCCAGGCCACCCUGCAGGAUUCGGUCUCUGUCUACGACCUGCUCACUGUCGGCAUGGUUAGGAGGGGCCAGUACACCAUGUUGUCUGAGUGUCUGGAACGAGCAAUGAAGUUUUCUUUCAACGAGUUCCAUCUCUGGCGCCAGCUUGGCCUGUCCCUCAUGGCGUCUGGGAAGGCAGUCGGCGCUGUGUCUGUGUUCAAAGAAUGUGCCAGGAUGAGGCCAGAUGACCCGUUGCUUCCCCUGUUGGCUGCUAAAGUCUGCAUCGGGCAGCUGCACUGGUUGUCAGAAGCGGAGGUUCUGUCCCAAAGCGUGGUGUCGAUGGGAGAGGGAGCUGGGGAAUCUCUUCCUCGGGCCUACCUGGCUUUGGGACUCUCCUACAGUCUGCAGGCUUCUGAUGCUUCUUUGAAAGAAGAUCGAAACGAAUACAACAAAAAAGCACUCGGAAUUCUGAGAAAAGCUCAUUCAUUAGACCCGCAGGAUGCUCACAUUGCCAUGUGCUUGGCUCUGCAGUUGGCUCUUGUACGGCAGGUAUCUGCAGCCAUGGAGACCUUGCAAGGGGCUUUAUCUCUCCAAGGGGAUGACUUGCACUCCCUACACUUGCUGAGCCUUCUCCUCAGUGCUCAGAAGCACCACCGCUAUGCCCUGGACACCUUGGCGCUGGCCCUCAGCCAACACCCUGACAACUUCAAUUUGCUGUUCACAAAGGCUAAGCUUGAAGAAGUCCUGUAUGGCCCAUCUGCGGCUUUACAGACCUGCCAAGAAAUGCUGCAAAUCUGGCAAAGUCAAUACGAUGUCAGCCGCUCAACUGAGACGGAUGACAGUAGCAGUAUACCGGUGAUGGAGAGGAUGGAUGCCAGUUCUGGAGUCAGGAAAACAUCCAUCUACCUCACUCUGCCUGACUUCCAAGACACUGCCACAGGUUCAACGAGUCCAUCGUCAGUUGCUGCGUCUCGUCUUGAAGCGGCGCUCUCCGAAGUGUCAGAUAUAAGCUCCAUGCAUCGCCAAGGGCCCACGUACAUCUGGACUACUCUAGAACGUAUUUGGCUGCAAGCUGGGGAACUGUUCAUUGAGGACGGCCGACUGAAAGAGGCCCAGUUUUGCAUAGCCGAAGCCAGCUCGCUCUUCCCCAACUCACACUCGGUCUUGCUGCAGAGGGGACACCUCGCUGAGCUCCGGGGUCAACUGGAGGAAGCUAAAAAUCUCUACGACGAAGCCUUGGCCAUCCACCCUACUGGGGAGUGCGUACUUGUGCACCUGGGCCGGCUGCUGGUGAAGACAGGGCGCGCAAACCUCGGAGAGAAAGUUCUACGCGAUGCAGUUCAGGUCCACAGCACGUCCCACAAAGCGUGGAGUGGACUGGGAGAGGCGUUGCAGUCACUGGGAUCCAGUCAGGCCCCUGAUUGCUUCCUCACAGCUCUGGAGCUGGAAGCUUCUUCUCCCAUCCGACCUUUCACCAUCAUCCCCAGGGAGCUUUGAGGAGCCCCGGAUUGUGCGCUUGGGUCUUCCGAUUCGACACUGGUGCAAACAAAGUCAUAUGGGUGCGCGUCAGCUUUGUAAGAUAUAAACAUUGUCACACCAGCUAAGCAUUUUUUACAUUUGUUGUGAGUGAUCCCUAUUGAUUUAGCUUUACAAUACGCUAUAUAUUCAUAGCGGUUGCUACUAACCUUUUCUCAAAAAGAUUCCAUUUGUAGCUUUCAAUUUGUUUCAAUUUCAAAUUCAUUUUCUCAAAAGGCAAUUUAAUCUUGUGAAUUUGCCAUUGAAGAACAUACACAGCAUCCAAAUUUGUCAUACUUAAAGUCCUCCCUAUAGAACAUGAAGCCUAUAGACUUAUUUUGAUGCUUCAGCAGUUUUCUAUAAAGUGUCAUAAUGGAUGGAAUGUCCGCAUUGCCCCCCCGUGUGGUAAUGCAUAAAAUGAAGAUGAGCUGAAUACGGGAGGCAGAAUGUGGGUUGCUGUUGUGUCCUUAUUGAACAGCGCAUAGUCAUACAUAGACAUCAAUUUUGUAUAGGUUGGCAGGCACAACAGAAGCUCAGCUUCAUCUUAUGAUAGCCUCUGAUGUGUCUUUGAGGAUUAUUUUGAUUGAUGUAUCUUUCAUAACAUCAUCCUCAUAUAUGUUUCAGUACAUCCAUUCCAUGAUUAAAGUGUACGUAGUACAUA